GUGCAAGCUCACAUUCAGUUCUACCGUAUGGCGGAUAUGAUGAUGUUCUGGGAAGUUCAAGUCUAUGCCAUAGCCGAAUGGAUGAUGUACUGCGAAGAAUUUGCUGAACUUCCUCUUGAACAGAAGGUGAUAAUCUUCAAAAAUGCUUGGAUGAUAUGGCGACGAUUCGAACGGAUCACAAUGUCAGUGGAGCUGUUCGGAUGGCGAGCAUUACAUGAGAAAGUAAGGAAUCAUCUACAUUCUAGAAAUAGGACUCAAGAAGAAUGGUUUAGGAUGCUCCAGCCAUUCUCUGGCCGCCUACUGGAUGAAGUCACCAAGUCCUGUCUUGAGAUCUCUUUAGAUCCAAUUGAGAUCGUCUACAUCCUGUGUACUUUGGUAUGUUUAGGUAAGCCAGUGAGUCGAGAGACCCAGAUAGUGGCGGAAAAUUAUUUGGAACGAAUUUCUGAUAGUCUACAUAAUUACUAUACAAACGUCACAAAAACUCCUAAUUAUGCUGGUCGUCUUAUCAAGAUAAUGUCUAUAGCGCAUUGCAUAGAGAAUAUUCACUACGAACGCUCAAAAGUAAUGGAAUUGGCGAAAAUAUUUGACGUUUUCAAAGUUGAGCUCUCCGAAAAAGGGCUUUUCGACUGCUGA